AUGUCAUCCAAUUUCUCCUUCGAGUUGGGCGGGGCGCCGUACACCAUCCCCUCGCCCACUGAGAAGCCCAUCGCCUAUGUCGCCACCGUCGUCCUCUUCGUCAGUCUGGCCUACGCCCUCGGCGACCAUGGCGCCAAACUCCCCGAGAUCAACCCGCUCAAGCCCUUUGAGUUGUCCAACACGCGCCGCAUCCUCGAGUUCUACCAGACGAGCAAGGAGCUCAUGCUCAAGGGGAGGGCCAAAUUUGGCGACAAUCCGUGGAAGCUCAUGACGGAAUGGGGCAAUUGCUUGGUCUUGCCCCCUGACUUUAUCCACGAGCUUCGCAGUAAUCCCAACCUGGCUUUUGUGGAGCCUGCUAAAGAUGUGAGGCAAAAGAUUCCCUCUGAUUCGCACGGCUAUAUUCCCGGAUUCGAGGCCUUUGAUGGCGACGAAGCGCUUCCGACGGUCGUCACAAAGUAUUUGACAAAAGCUUUGACCAAGCUUACAAAGCCCCUAUCCGAAGAGUCGACACUCGUCCUCCGCCAUGUCCUCACCGACUCAACUGAAUGGCACAAGAUAAGCCCCCAGCAAGACAUCAUGCGCAUCGUCUCCCGCCUCUCCUCCCGCGUCUUCGCCGGCGAGGAACUCUGCCGCGACGAGGAAUGGGUCCGCGUCUCAUCAGAAUACACUGCCGCCGCCUUCGGCGUGGGCUACGAAGUCGGCCAGUGGCCCCGCUGGGCCCGCCCCAUCGUCCACUGGUUCCUCCCCUCGUGCUGGCGCGUCCGCGCCCUCCUCAACGAGUGCCGCAAGACCCUCCAGCCGCACAUGGAGCGCCGCGCACAGCGCAAGCGCGAGGCCGUGGCCGCCGGCAAGACGGGGGCCGUCUUCGAUGACGCGGUAGAGUGGUUCGAAAAGGAGUCCUCGCGCAAGCCGGACCCGGCGACGCAGCAGAUUUCCCUCUCGCUCGUCGCGAUCCAUACCACGACCGAUUUGCUCACGCAGACCAUGAUUGAUCUGGCGGAGCACCCUGAACUGUUUCAGCCUCUGCGCGAUGAGCUCGUUCGCGUGCUCAGCAAGGAAGGUUUGAAGAAGACGGCGCUGUAUAAUCUCAAGCUCAUGGACAGCGUCAUCAAGGAGUCGCAACGCAUGAAGCCAGUCCUGCUCUCGACUUGGCGCCGCCUCGUCAUGAAAGACGUGACCCUCUCCAACGGCUUCGUCUUGCGCAAGGGCCAAAAAAUCAUCGCCACAAACACCCACAUGUGGGACGCAAACUACUACGAGAACCCGGCCACCUACGACGGCUACCGCUUCCUCAACAUGCGCGGCACCGACGAGGAGAAGAACGCGCACCUCGUCAGCACCAGCGCCAAGCACCCCGGCUUCGGCCACGGACAGCACGCGUGCCCCGGUCGCUUCUUCGCCGCCAACGAGGUCAAGAUUGCGCUGGCGCAUCUGCUGCUCAAGUACGACUGGAAGUUCCCGGAUGGGUUCAAGCCGCAGAUGGUGCCGCACGGGAUGGUUCUGUUGCCGGAUCCGUCUGCGACGCUGUUGAUUCGUAGGAGGAAGGAGGAGCUUGAUCUGGACUCGUUGGAGUGUUGA